AUGGGAUCCCUGCCAGCGGAAAGGCUGACCCAAACCAAGCCGUUUGCCAUCUCAGGAGUAGAUCUAUGUGGACCAUUUUCUACCUCCUAUCGGAUUCGUGGAAAGGUUCCAUAUAAAACUUAUAUGGCCGUACUCAUCUGCUUUGCGACCAAAGCAGUUCACGUUAAACUUGUAUCAGACCUCUCCACUAAUACCUUUGUUUUAUGUUUAAAGCGCAUCGUUGGACGCAGAGGACUUCCAGAGAGCAUUUGGUGCGACAACGCAACUAAUUUUGUUGGGGCUCAUUCCCAACUCGACGAAUUCAGGAAGCAGCUCUUCAGUCAGCAGGCGCUGCAAGACCUAAAAACGUUCACCGCUUCAACAGGCGUCUCGUUUCAUUUCAUCCCUCCCCGUGCGCCGCACUUCGGCGGGCUCUGGGAAGCGGCGGUGAAAUCGAUGAAACAUUUGCUGGUGAAAAAAAUUGGCAAUUCUGGUCUUACACACGAGGAGCUACCAACUGUUGCCAUUGAGGUCGAAGCAGUCCUUAAUUCGAGACCAAUAGCGCCGAUAUCCGAGGAUCCGAAUGACGGAGAGGCUCUAACCCCAUCGCAUUUUUUGUUAGGCUCGUCUCUAAAGCAGCUUCAACCUUGUCUGGAGAUGCUCUGCGCGACGGGACUAUCUUCAGCAGCGUUUUGCAACUUGCGAAGUCAAAUGGUUGACGCCGCAAGCCAACAUCACGCCUGGACAGCUAGUAAUCAUCCAUGA